AUAUGCGCAGGUCGUGAAGAUGCUUGGUAACGGCAGGCUGGAAGCAAUGUGCUUCGACGGCAUCAAGCGGCUCUGCCACAUCCGAGGGAAGCUGCGAAAGAAGGUGUGGAUCAACCAGGGAGACAUAAUACUCGUCGGCCUGCGGGACUACCAGGACGCGAAGGCGGACGUCAUCCUCAAGUACAACGCGAACGAGGCGAGAAAUCUGAAGUCGUACGGAGAACUGCCGGAGAACGCUAAAAUUAACGAGACUGUCAACUUUGGCGAAGAGGGACAGGAAGAUGACAUUGAGUUUGACGACCUCAGAGGUGACGAUGAGUUUGACGAUAUAUGAGUUGGGUGCUUGCCGGCAGCUUGCCUGUUCGGCGUCGUCUCGUAACAGCAAGGAGGGACGACUUUGGUAUAGACCCAUCGUGGUUAUAUGCUGCGGCGGCGGCAUCUGCAGAAGAGACAUUCUACAUUCUCUCUCGCGCCUCACAUUUUACAAUACAUUCUAUGGCACAUAAUUUUUCUACAGUUUAUU